GAUGUAUGCCGGACGGAUAACACAGGCUUUGUUACAAUCGUAUUGCGCAUUAAUUGCUAUGUAAUUAGGGGCAAACAUGUAAGUUUAUUCGACGUAAACAACAAGUUACGUGACGACACAUCCUCCGUCUCUCUCUGUUCCAAGAGAUCGUGCGAUGUCUCUGUCCCUCAGUCGUGACGUAGUGCGCGCGCGCACUCCGAGAGUGCAUUCACUCACAGCGUAAACAGCGCGAGAUCACAACGUAGACGAUAUUUCUAGAGUUUUUUUAUUCUCCUGUGUUAUAUAAAAUUGAUUGUAACGCAACGAACAUUCUCUUCGAUUAAGAAUUAGUUAACGAUACCGAGUUUAUGUGUUGUGCGGCUAUUAUUCCAAGAACGGAUUAAGAAAUCGUCCGAAGGUUAAAUUUCAUCACACUAUGGACGCCACAAUGGAAAACAAAAUGGGUCUUCCGCCGCCUUACGAACAAACGAGACCUAACCCUGCGCCGCCUCCGUCGUACUUCGGUGAUAACCCUCCACCGCCGCCGGGGUUAGUGGUCCCGCCUUUGGGACCUCGAACUACUGUCAUCACUACACCCCCAGCGCAUGGACCCCGUACAGGCAAGAUGGGGCCGGGACCUACUGGGACCACUUGUCCUACUUGCAACAAAUCUAUCGUGACCAGAGUGGAAUACGUCCCUAAUAACCGCACGCAUAUUGUUUCGGCAGCACUUUGCGUUUUGGCCGGUUGCUGUUGUGGAUGCUUCGUUCCGUACUGCAUGAGGUCCUGCAAGACCGCCAACCACUAUUGUCCUCAAUGCAAGGCUUUUAUCGGUUCCUACUCGCCAUCUUGAUUACAAAUAUAAGCGUCGAACUGUACUACUUAACUUUUUAAAUUUUAGCUUUGUAUUUUACUAAGUAACAGGAAAGAAAUUAGGAGUCACAAAUAUGAAAGCUACUUCUCAUAAAAUAUUGCCAGAGGAAAUGACGUUUAAUUUAAGUACUUUUUAAAUCUUGCUUUAAUCUGGGCUACAGCAUCAUAUUUUUAAUACACUGCCAGCAAUAAUACGCAGAAGAUUUAUAAAAUAAAUAUGUACACCAGUAAAAUAAUAAAACCAGUUUUAAAUUAUGAUGUAAGGAAACUUUUAUUAAUUUAUUUAUACAUAAAAUACCUACGCAGUAAUAAACAUGGGAAUAAAAUGGUUAAAGUAGGAACUGUUUUUAUGUCUACUUAUUAAAAAUAAAUUAGAUUCUUUUAUUGUUUUAUACUUGUGUUUGAAGCAAAACUUAAAUAUGUAUUUGAUCACAUUUAACCAAAUGUCUAUCGAAUUUAUAUUUAUUUUGGGCCUAGAUAUAAGCUAAAAUUGUGUCUAUAAAUUAUUUAAGAAGGUACUUUAUUUUUUAGAAACAUCCAUGUUAUUUUAAAUUUAUGCUGGUACUUAAAUAAUGUCUUCGAUUUAAAAUGUAUAUUAAGUUCUGUGAUAUACUUUUCAAGGGUCUUUUGUACGAUUUAUACUUAAAUAUAUUAUAACGUAAUUAAAUAGAUAAUAAAUUAUAUUAAACUA